CGCCGUCGGGCUCCAGGAUCCAGGUAGGAGGACCCGGUGGAACAGAGCAGCCUGUGUCCGCUCCGAGUCCACGACCAGCCCAGUCCAAAGCGGACCCCCUCCCCCGGAGCCAGAGUCCGUCCCAGAGCCGCAGACCUCCGCUCGGAACAGGCGCAAACUGAGCGUAAACCCGCAGAAAAAACGCACCGACGCGUUUGGAAACAACGAAAGCAGGAAGUAGUUUGGAGUUGAAGGAGGCAGAGGGAUGUUCAGCUGGGUCAAACAGGAGCAGGGAGGCCGGAACAAGGAGGGGGAGAUGUACCAGACGGUGACCGAGGGGCUGCAGACCCUCUACACCAAGAAGCUGCUGCCGCUGGAGGACACCUACCUGUUCCAUGACUUCCACUCCCCGGCGCUGGAGGCCGCCGACUUCCAGAGCAAACCCAUGGUCCUGCUGGUCGGACAGUACUCCACCGGGAAGACCACCUUCAUCAGGUAUCUGCUGGAACAUGACUUUCCUGGGAUGCGGAUCGGUCCAGAGCCGACCACCGAUGGAUUCAUCGCUGUCAUGUACGGAGAGAACGAGGGCGUUGUCCCCGGCAACGCCCUGGUGGUUGACCCCAAGAAGCCGUUCAGGAAACUCAACGCGUUCGGGAACUCCUUCCUCAACAGGUUCAUCUGCUCUCAGAUGCCCAACCAGGUCCUUCAGAGCAUCAGUAUCAUCGACACCCCUGGGAUCCUGUCUGGAGAGAAGCAGCGCAUCAGCAGAGGUUACGACUUUGCCGAGGUUCUGCGCUGGUUCGGGGAACGCGUGCUCGGAUUCAUCCUCCUGUUCGACGCCCAUAACUGGAACAUUUCUGAUGAGUUCUCCGAGGCGAUCCGAGCCUUCAAAGGCCGCGACAAGAUCCGAGUGGUCCUGAACAAGGCGGACCAGGUGGGAGCUGGGCAGCUGAUGAGGGUGUACGGCGCCCUUAUGUGGUCGCUGGGUAAAGUCAUCAAACACUCCAGAGGUGGUGAGGGUUACCUGGGCUCAUUCUGGGCAAAACCCCUGCAGAACACAGAGAACAGGCGUCUGUUUGAGGCAGAGUCUCAGGACCUGUUCCGCGACAUCCAGAGUCUGCCGAGGAACGCCGCUCUGCGUAAACUCAACGACCUCAUCAAGAGGGCGCGACUGGCCAAGGUUCACGCCUACAUCAUCAGUUACCUGAAGAAGGAGAUGCCGUCUCUGUUUGGACGAGAGAAGAAGAAGGAGGAGCUUAUCAUGAACCUGCCUGAGAUCUACGCCCACCUGCAGAGGGAACACCACAUCAGCCCCGGAGACUUUCCCAACGUCGCCAAGAUGCAGGACCAGCUCCAACAUUACGACUUCAGUAAGUUUCCGUCUUUGAAGAUGAAGCUCAUCGAGUCCGUGGAUAAGAUGUUGGCGUCAAAGAUCGCCGUUCUCAUGGCGAUGAUCCGGGAGGAGGAGUCCAAGCAGCCCCCGGCCAUGGUAUCGGGCGGAGCCUUCGAGGGCUCCGAGGACGGCCCCUUCGGGCGGGGUUACGGCGAGGGCAUCAGCGCCGGCGCCGACGCCGAGGACUGGAUCGUGAGCCGGGACAAACACCGCUACGACGAGAUCUUCUACACGCUAAUGCCCGUCAACGGGAAGAUCAGCGGCGUCAACGCCAAGAAGGAGAUGACCAAGUCCCGUCUGCCCAACACCGUCCUGGGGAAGAUCUGGAGACUGGCCGACUGCGACAAGGACGGCAUGUUGGACGACGAGGAGUUCGCCCUGGCACAGCAUCUGAUCAAGGUCAAACUGGAGGGAUACGAGCUGCCCCUGGACCUGCCCGAGCACCUGGUGCCCCCCACCCACCGCAAGGACCCCACAGCAGACACCCUGUACAACCACCACGAGGACUAGGACCAGGACCAGGACCAGGACCUGGACCUGGACCAGGACUCAGAACCACAGACUCAUAAGACAGGAACCAGCAGCAAACGAACUGCAACCUGAGGUCAGAGGUCAAAGGUCACAACAGAGAGGAGGAGAAACCGCUGGUAGAUCCAAGACAAAGCAUCAAACAAACAAACAAACAAAUGAACACAUAAACAAACACAUAAACAACACAUCUAAACAACCACACUGAUAAACAAACACAAAUUUUAAACACAUUUAAUGGGAGAAAUAAGGAGGAAGAUUUGUUUAAAAGAGAAUUAGAACCAGACUUAAAAAAAAUAAAUAAAUUAGAGGAAAAAACAAAAUAAAUAGAAAUAUUAUUUAUUAAAUAUAUAAUAAUUAGAAAAUAUAUUAGAAUGUGGAGACUCAAGUGUAAAAGUGCACCACAUUCAUUCCUUCCAUUUCAUCUUCAUUGUUUGUUUUCAACUUUCAUGUUUCCUCCACAUUUCAACUGAAUUCAACAUUUCACAACUUCAGCUGAAAUUAAAACCACAUGAGGAUGAAGUGGGACAUGUUUUUUUUAACCUUAUCCUCAACAUUUCAACUUUGUCCUCCUCAUUUAACUUUCAUGAAACAGUUCAAAUAAAGUUGAGUUCAAUGACUUUUGAGAAUAAAUGAGUUGUACUUUUUGAUGUGUUUUCAGAAAUGAAUUUUCAACUUUAUUUGCUCAUUUUCUCCACAUGAUUCCAUGACGUUUCAUCGGAUCUUGUCUUUUUUGUCUCUAAAUUCAUCUGAACUCCAGCUCGUGUUCCUGUUUUCAUUUAGUUCAGACUCAUUUUAUUUCCUUUUGAAGAAUAAAACAUCAUUUGUUGCUGUAACGUCGGCCUC